AAGUUGUGUAAGAUAUUUCCGAAUUUGAUACUUUCAUGUGUGAGAUAGAUAAAAAGGUGGCGAACAAGAAAGAGAAAGCGCCCGUUCAUCAGCCGAUGUUUCGAGAAGAAGGAUCUUCGUCGUCGUCAAUGCUAUCGGAGAUUAGUAGGGAAAGGGAGAUGUCAGCUAUGGUUUCAGCUUUGACCUACGUCGUAACCGGCGACAUCCCUGAGCUGCCACCGAAUGAAAACUAUGGUGAUUUCAGUUCUAAUACAAUUGGUGAAAAUACCAAUAUCUGUGGGAAAAAGAGAGAAAGGGAAGAACAGGAAGGUGGCGGUGUAGGUAUGGCGGUGGAGGCAAACGCCCCUGCAAAGUUGGUCCAAAUAUAUGAAUACAAAAGCAACGAGAACUGCAAAGAAGAACCGAGGAGGAGAUACAGGGGAGUGCGACAGAGGCCAUGGGGGAAAUGGGCAGCUGAGAUAAGAGACCCCUUCAAAGCCGCUAGAGUUUGGUUAGGCACAUUCGACACCGCCGAGGCCGCCGCCAGAGCCUACGACGAAGCCGCCCUUCGAUUCCGAGGCAACAAAGCCAAGCUCAACUUCCCUGAAAACGCCAAACUCAUAUCACCCCCUCCACCAAUAACACCACUAGCAACCCAUUUCUCUGUUCCGUCUCAUCACUCGGUUCAACUUCAACCCUUUCGAGCUUCCGGCCAGUAUAUCGACUAUUCUCAGUUUUUGGUUGGUUCCGGCAAUGAUUUUCCAAGUGGAUCACAACAGCAACCGAGAUUACAGCAUCAAUCUAUGAACCCCUACGACCAAAUGGUUUUGUCAACUUCAGUCGGUUUUGAUGAACAAUCUUCUUCUUCGACACCGACUUCGUAUCCUAUCGUUUUCCCAAUUCAAACGUCGGGUCAGAACCUCAACUUGGGUAGCGGCAGUCAAGGUGGCGGUGUUGGAGAUUUUACGGUGCAUGCUUGGCCUUCAGAUUCUAGUCAUCAUAAUACGUCAACCUCUAGAUAGUGUCUUUCUUACAUGAUCGGCUAUUACUUUAUUAUUUAUUUUUGGCGUUUUCCUCAUUCUAUUCCAAAUUAUUAACAUAUUUAUGUU